AUGUCCGAUUCACUUAGCUUAAACAAGUCCGUGUCUGUAGUUACAGCAAAUUCUGUUGAAGUCAAUGAUCUGCAGCUUGAUGUAAAUCAAAAGGAAAGCUCAUUCAGUGCAGUAGAAAUCAUUUCCAAAUCAAUCGAACAACCAUUGUCGUUAUCAGAAAAUAUUACAAACGUUAUCAUAAACAAUGAAACUGCAGCCAUGGAUUUAAAAUUGUCCAUGAAAAAACCUGUUAGACGUAAAUAUCCAUUUACGGAAAAGUCUAAACGGGAGAAAGAGACCAUAAUUCGUACGCAACGCGAAGAAAAAUAUGAACAAAUUAAAAAGAUGAACGAGAUGAUUACGCAUGGUGCUGAGGUUAUCAAAGUACGUGCUUCAAGGGUUAGUUAUCAGCCGGUGUCAUAUGAAAAUAACCCAAAAAAUGUUGUAGAAACACCUGUUAAAGUUGGCGUCCAACAUUUUUAUUUUUUAAGUUAUGGGCUAUUUAAGUUUUUUAAACAAAACCGUACUCAUGGUAUAGUUACCAUGCAUUUUUUUUUGUAUAUUUUCAAAAUUUUUUAACUUAUGAAGCUAUUUUAUUUUAUUUUAUAGAUAUUCUGUAGUGCUAUCAACCAAUAUACACAAUUAAAUCAGAACUAA